UGAAAUGAACUACGAAGCGCUUCUUUUUCUUUUUUUUUCCUUUUUAUUUUUUUAUAGAUUAAUUAGAAUAUGCUAUUAAUUUUCUAGUUUCGAUUAAUAUCCAUGCAUAUGAUUAAAUUGUUUGCUUGAUUGUUAGUGAUUGAAAAUUUUAGGUGUUGUAAGUUAGAUUUUAACCAUCUUUCUAGUUCUUUUCUUUUACAUGUGUAAAAGGUAAAGAAUAUAUGCCGAAAUUAGUUAAAUUAUGUUAAUAAAUUUGGCAAAAUGUUCUGUUUAGUUGUUGAUGGAAGGGGACGCGGUUGAUCAACCAAGUAGCUUGCAAGUUACAAGUAACUGUACAAUUGUGAUAAAGAAGCUUUUCCUAUGAAGGAGUCAAAAUAUGUUAACUUGCAUUUACAACAUGUUGAGGCAUUUUAUGUAUUGAGUUCUUGAUCUUGUCUUAUUUUUAGAGAUGAUCAUGUGUGUAUGUUUAUUUUGUUUGCAUCUAUUUCUUUACCGUUUGUUAUCCUGUUGGUUGCUAAAAACCUGAGGAACAGAAGUAAAAGGACAAUUCUGAAUCUUUAGGCACGUCUUGUUGCCUGAAAUUGAUUGUUGAACUGAAUAUAACUUAUUGGUUAUGGGGUCCAAUGAUUUGUAAUACAAAAAUUUUCAAUUUCUGAAUAUAUUUUCAUUCCUUGCAUUUCUGUGCAAUCCAGUCUGUUUGGCUUUCACUUCUUCUGUUUAUUAAGGUUUUAUGAUAUUAAUGUACUUCUUUGAAACUUAUCUGGAUCUGCGGCAACAUGCUGUUCUCAAACUGCCAACUCUUCCAAAAACAUUGGAAGGAGUAAUCAGCCAAGAGAAAUUUGAAAAGUCUCGGGCCUAUAGCCUUGAUAAGAGCCACUUCCAUUUUGUUCAUGAGUUUGUAACAAUCUUUAUGGACUCUGCAAUUUUGUUCUUUGGCAUAUUGCCUUGGUUUUGGAAGAAAUCAGGAAAUUUCUUGCCUUUAGUUGGUCUAAAUACAGAGAAUGAAAUACUGCACACCCUUGCAUUUUUGGCUGGUGUUAUGAUAUGGUCACAGAUCACUGACCUACCCUUUUCUCUCUAUUCAACUUUCGUGAUUGAGGCCCGACAUGGUUUCAACAAACAAACUAUAUGGUUGUUCUUUAGGGACCUUAUCAAAGGAAUGUGUCUUGCUAUUGUACUUGGUCCACCCAUUGUUUCUGCUAUUAUUGUGAUAGUACAGAAAGGAGGUCCAUAUCUGGCUAUCUAUCUUUGGGCAUUUAUGUUUGUCCUUUCCCUGGUGAUGAUGACACUUUACCCUGUUCUGAUAGCCCCACUUUUUAACAAGUUCACCCCUCUUCCAGAAGGAGAGCUUAGGCUUAAGAUUGAGCAACUUGCUUCGUCUCUCAAUUUUCCUUUAAAGAAGUUGUUUGUUGUUGAUGGAUCCACAAGAUCAAGCCAUAGCAAUGCCUAUAUGUAUGGAUUCUAUAAGAAUAAGCGUAUUGUCCUUUAUGACACGUUGAUUCAGCAGUGCAAAAAUGAUGAGGAAAUUGUAGCUGUUAUUGCUCAUGAGCUGGGGCAUUGGAAGCUUAACCAUACUAUGUACUCCUUUAUUGCUGUGCAGAUUCUUACAUUUUUGCAAUUUGGAGGUUAUACUCUGGUCAGGAAUUCAACUGACCUUUUCCGAAGUUUUGGGUUUGAUGUACAGCCAGUACUAAUCGGCCUUAUCAUAUUUCAGCAUACUGUAAUACCAAUCCAACACCUUGUAAGUUUUGCUCUCAAUCUUGUAAGCCGAUCAUUUGAAUUUCAGGCUGAUGCGUUUGCUAAAAAGCUUGGCUAUGGAGCUGCUUUGCGCUCUGGUCUAGUGAAGCUGCAGGAAGAAAAUCUGUCAGCUAUGAAUACAGAUCCUUGGUACUCUGCUUAUCACUAUUCUCAUCCUCCCCUCGUAGAAAGAUUGGCUGCAAUUGAUGAGCCUGACAAAAAGGAAGACUGAUAUGGGAUCUGACUGGCUUUGAAUUGUUUCAUUCCAUUGUAAUAUUUCUUCAUCCGUGUUGAGUUUCAUCAUCUCACGUUUCACUAGUUCAGGCACUAAAAAAAAA